UGAGUUUUACCGUUGGUAUGAACAAACUAAAGUGUCCAACACAAACAUUAGGUUUAAACAUUUAAGUUUAAACAACUUCGUUCAGUUGAGUACGGUCUGGUGUUAACAACGGUUGUUAAGGUACGGAAAACGCAUAUAAACGGGCGCUUUAAAUUUUGGGAAUAAGAAAAAAAAAAACAAUAUAAAAGCAACAAUUAUUUAAUUUUAGUAAAAAAAUAAAAAAAGACAAGAAGUUGUACGCAAAAAAAAAGAAAUAUUUAAAAAUUUUAGUUUAAGGCAUUUAAGUAACAUCCAGAACCCACAUUUGUAAACAAUGGCUCAAAUUAAAUAUACAAAUCAACUUAUUUCCACAAUAUUUAUUGUAUUAUUGCAUUUAACAAUAUGGCUGCCACAAAGCACAACAUUACCACAAGGUGCACCGGAAACAGUAUGUGACACAAUGUUGCCAUUUCAUGGUGGCGGCAUUUUGCCAUCGAAUGCUGUGCCACCGUUUCGAAUAGAAACGUCAACGGCCACAAUAGGUCAGGGACAAACACUGCGUGUUGAUAUCACUGGGGUACCAAGUGGUUUAGCAUUUGGAGGCUUUAUGAUACAAGCACGCAACAAUAACCCACCGAAUCAAAUUAUUGGUCAAUUUAAUCCCACCGAAGAUGGCCUUUCCAAAUUAAUGAAUUGUGAAAAUUCUGUAAGAAAUUCUGUGACACAUACCAGUACAGCGGCCAAAACCGAAAUAAGUUUGGAAUGGCAAUCGCCAGUUGAUUUUGAAGGUGAAAUUGUAUUUAACACCACAGUGGCACAAGCUUAUGAUACAUUCUGGGUGGGCUUACCUUCAUCUCCUGUACGUGUAGUUAAACGUGAAAUAGCGCCACAAGGUCCUACCACUCCCAGACCAUCAUUUGCGCCCAAUACACGUACUCCCUAUAUACCAGAAUAUGUACCACCACCACCAGCACCUGUAGCCGAUGAUCCCUUCUAUACUGAAUGCGGCUCUGGUAAAAAUUGUUUUGGCAACAAAGACGGCUGUGUGGAGACCAAGUCCUGUGAUUUUGUGUCGGCUGUUAAAGUAAGAGGUGGAAUUUAUGAAUUUGAGGUGAAAUCUUCAGCGGCCAAUGCCGCUUAUGUUGCCCUGGGUCUUUCCGAAGACAAUCAAAUGGGUGACGAUUUAGUUAUUGAAUGUGUACCACAAAAUGGUCAGGUUUCGAUGUAUAGUUCCCUGACUUCGGGCAAAACAGCUGGUUAUGGUGUCAGUCGUUUGGGAGUGCCUCAAAAUACUGCCCGUUUAUUAGAGGGUUCUGUUAUUAAUGGUGUUAUCUACUGCAAAGUUGAGCGUGAUCCUAUUACUAAAGUGGGCAAUCGUAUAUUUGAUUUGGAAAAUAAUAAGUAUUAUUUACUUUUGGCGGCUGGUUCCGGCUUAAAAGAAAAUGGUGUUGGUUAUCAUAACAUUGGUCGUUUGCCCUCCGAUAAAGCCAUCAAUUUGGCUGAAUUACAAGAUCUUGGAGCAGCUUCUACGUUAAUGUUCCGUUUACAUGGCAGUUUCAUGAUAGCUGCCUGGAUUGGUACCACCUCGUUGGGUAUUAUUUUCGCCCGCUAUUUUAAACAAACUUGGGUGGGCAGUCAAAUGUGCGGCAAAGAUCAAUGGUUUGCUUGGCAUCGUAUUUGUAUGGUGACUACAUGGUCCUUGACUAUGGCCGCUUUUAUUAUCAUAUUUGUGGAAAUUGAUGGCUGGUCUGGUGAACGUAAUCCUCACGCUAUUUUGGGUACUAUUACCACGGUAUUAUGCUUUAUACAACCGAUCGGUGCUUUGUUUAGACCAGCUCCUAAUUCCAAAAAUCGUCCUUUCUUCAAUUGGGCCCAUUGGUUGGGUGGUAAUUUGGCCCAUUUAUUGGCCAUUGUUACCAUAUUCUUUUCGGUAAAAUUGGCUAAAGCUCAGUUACCAGAAUGGAUGGAUUGGAUUUUGGUGGCCUAUGUAGCCUUCCAUGUUGUUGUACAUUUAAUAUUCUCAAUUUUCUUGUGUAUACAGAUAUCAGGCUGUUCCUCGGAUAAACAACACACGAAACGUGUCAAUGACUUCCAAAUGGGCAAUAUGGGACAUCAUCAUGGCAUGCGUAAUAAUAUGAAAAUGGAACGUAAAAUGGAUGCACCAUUUGCUGGUUUCCGCAAAGGUUUAUUGGCUGUUUACACCGUGGUCUUGAUAUUAUUCGUGGUGGCUUUAAUAGUUAUAGUUGCUUUAGCGCCAAUUGAGGACACCUUUAAUAAAUUGAAAUCAAAAUUGAAUUAACUUGUUGUUGUGUAUCAUACUAAUAAUAGUUAUAAUAAUAAUUAAUUAGCGUACAAAAAAGUGAGAAAAACAAAUCUCUAAACAAAUCAAAUCUAAAAUCAGUUUUGUUCAUUUUUGGCUCAAAAUAUUUAUACAUAAAAAUUACAAACAAAAAAAAAAAGAAAUUAAUUAAUAAUGUUUAGUAGCAACUCCUUUAAAAGGAGUUACUUACUGUCUGUAUUUUGUAAAUUGCAACUUACAGUGUCUGUAUGUACUAUGUUUUUUUCAUUUUAAAUUUUCUUUGUUUUUAUUAUUAUUGUAAAUGUGUAUUUCUUUUCUUUUUUAACCUAAGUGCUACUCAAUACUGUUUUUUUUUUUAAUUAUUAUUAUUUUAAUUAAUUAUAUAUUUUGUAUGUAUGUAUAUUGUUUUUAUUGUUAUACUAUUGUAAACAGAAAAAACCAAUCCAAUCCAAUCCAAUAUACUAUACUUAUUUAUGUAUGUAUAAAUUUGUAUAUUCAGGAGUGUGUAUUUACACUUUGAAAUAUGUUUUUCUUUUGUUUAUGUAAAAACCAUUUUGUAAAGUAUUAAUAAAGUGAAAUAGAAAGAAAAAUUGAAGCAAA